ACAUUUGCUUUCUUGGAUUCAAGUUAAAAUGGUUGAUUACGUUCAAGAGAAUAAUAUUGCCACUUUGUGGGUAAAUAAUCCACCAGUCAAUUCCCUAAGUUCCAACGUUCGCCAAGGAAUUUAUGAUGGUAUAGCUCGAGCAAAUGACGAUCCAACUGUAAAGGCUAUCGUUAUUGCUGGGCGUAACAGAACCUUUAUUGCCGGUGCAGAUAUCAAAGAAUUUUCCAACAGCGAUGGAAAUAUCAGUGUUUCACUAGUAGAAGUCACAGAUCAGCUGGAAAACAGCUCAAAGCCAGUUAUUGCUGCAAUUGAAAAUUUUUGCAUGGGAGGCGGUCUAGAAGUUGCCAUAUCUUGCCACUAUAGAAUUGCCCAUCAUAAAACGAGAUUCGCCUUUCCUGAAGUUAAUUUGGGAAUAUUACCAGGUGCUACAGGAACACAAAGGUUUCCCCGGCUUACUAGCCUACGCUUUGCAUUGGACAUCAUCCCCAGUGGUAGAGUCUUUAGUGCUGAAGAAGCUUUCGAUAAUAGUGCAGUUGAUAAGAUUGUAGAUGAUAAAGUCUACGAAGCAGCUUUAAACUUUGCAAGUACAGUUAUCGAUAAAGAUUUUAAUAGCCGAAGGACAAGUAAAAGAAGCCCUCCAGAUACAGAUUUACUCGGUGACCUCGUUUCAAAAGCUUAUGUCACAAAUUCAAAACGAUUUAAGGAACUAGCACCAAAGUAUUGCAUUAAAGCUGUAGCAGCUGCCGCUAAACCAUAUGAUCAAGGAUUGCUAAUUGAACGAGACCUCGCAUUUCAACUCUUUACUUCCGGUCAAGCUAAUGCAUUACAGUACGCUUUUUUCGCGGAGAGAUCUACUUCAAAAUGGGAGUUACCUGGAGGUUUCAAUUGGAAGAAUACAAAUGGAAGACCAAUAAAUUCCGUAGCCAUUGUUGGUUCGGGAAAGAUGACUGCCGGAAUUGUAACUUGUUUUCUAAGAGCCAAAAUAAGAACAUUCGUUUUCAAUACCACUGAAAUGGCUAACCGUCAAGUAUUUAUAAAUUCUAUGAAUAUCCUUGCAAACGACCGAAAGAAGAGGAGGAUAACUGCGGAAGAAUAUUAUAUAUACUUAAGUUAUUUUACAUAUGCUAAAAGCCCUAAGAUUAUUGCAAAAGUAGACGCUGUUAUUGAUGAUCUUCCUCAAGAUGUCAACAUAAAAAGAGAUAUAUUCCAAAAGCUGGAUAGAAUUUGUAAACCAUCUACAAUCUUCUGUACAAUGGAAAUAGAAAAGAUUGCAUCAGCUACAAAGAGACCAAAAAUGGUAAUUGGUACCCAUUUUUUUGCUCCUGCUAAUGUAAUGCGCCUAUUGGAGGUUGAAUAUGGUCCGGAAACAGCUCCAAGAACUGUAGCAGCAAUCAUGAAUAUGGGGAAAAAAAUAAGAAAAGUCAGUGUAUUAGUGUCAAACCGUACAGGAGUUGUUGCAAAUAGAUUAAUGGGAGUUGGAACUGAUCAAGCUGUAUUUAUGCUUGAAGAUGGUAUAAAUGAUCAAAGACUUAUUGACAAUUGUAUGGAAGAUUUUGGAAUGGCUAUGGGAAAAUUUAAAACAAUUGACAUUAUAGGAAUGGAUGCCAAUGUAGAUGUCUUAAGAAAAACACUUAACGAACAAGGAUACGAUUUAGAUGAGAAUCGUAAUAUGGUGAGAAAAUCAUUAAAUAACUUUUUACAUAGUUAUACUUAUUAUGCAUUUUUUAAGUAUGGUUCAAGAAGAUAUCCGCUCUUUACAUACGAAUUAAGCGUUCUUGGAAAGAAAGGUGAAAGAAAUGGAUAUGGAUACUAUAGAUAUACAACUGAAAACAGACAGCCAAUAUACGAUGAAGAAAUUGUUGAAAUAUUAAAGAAUUAUCGAAAAAGAAUGGGAAUUCAAACGAGGACUUUCACUUAUCAGGAAAUCUUUGAAAGAUGCUUAUAUAGUAGUGUAAACGAAGGUUUCAAAAUAUUAGAAGAGAAAAUUGCUCAUAAACCCCAAGAUAUAGAUGUCAUGUCACUUAUGGGCUAUGGCUUUCCAAGACAAGUUGGAGGAAUUAUGAAAUUUGCCGAAACUACAGGAACAGAACGAAUUUACGAAGCAGUUUGCCGUUACAAUAAACUUUAUCCUGACCAACCAUGCUGGAGGCCAAGUAAACUUCUAGAAAGAGUUGCAAAAGAAAACAUUCCCAUGAAGUAUUGGGGACAGAUUGCAAAUUCCAUGAGCAAAUUAUAA